UAAACGAGUGAAGGCUCUGAUCUCCGUACUGCACUCAGGGAGCCGAGGAGAUAUCUGUACAUCAGCUUCACCAAGAUGGACCUUGAACAGCAAAAGAGCUUAAUUCAAAAUUUCAGCCUCGAUAACUGCAAGCUCGGGAAUCAGGGCUAUCGGCGGGUGCUUCUGCAGCUCUUCGGUCUGCCGGGAAACGGCAAGUCGUCCUUCAUCAACUCCUGCAAGUUUGUCUUAGAGGGGAAAUACGAGCAGCACGCGGAGGCGAGGGCGACAGACGGUGGGUGCACCACAAGCAGAAUCCCUCACAAGCUCACGGAAGUCAUAUUGAUGGUGGAUAAUCGGGGCUGCCCGAAGCUCGACAGCUACGAGAGAGGAGAGAUCUUCGCUCAGCUCGGGAACUUGCUACCGCUCAACGAGGAGGUGAAAUGGGUAAAAGAUUUUAAGGAAAAUACAAACCGACUGAUUGUGGAAGCCUCAAAAGCCAAUUAUACGGAUUUCAUCGUCCCGAUCUUUGUGCACAGUAUAAAAAAUUCAAUUGGCCAAUGUGAAAUAAAAACAUAUAGAGAUUUUCUGGACAACGCAAGAAAAGUAACAGGGAUCAAUCCUAUUGCUGUCCUCACACAUAAAUCCUCCGGUAACCUGACCAGCUUGCAAAGCACAAUGAAAGACAUCGGAUUGGAUAAGAUCUACGCAAUCGAAAACUACACCGCGGAGGAUCACCAGAAGGUGUUAGGGAAACACCAAGAAAUCCUCAGCUUUCUCUGCCAAAUUCUACAAGAAGUCAAUUUCUGCAUGGAAAGCGAGCGCAAUCCAGAACGCGAACGCAAUGAGCGCACUAAAUUUGUCGUCAAUUAUCUUAAAUCUGCAGACGACGAGAUACGUCAACAAGAAAUCGAGGAAAGAAAUCGAGAAGUAAGAAGACUUGAAGAGAGAUUGAAGAAGGAGAACGAAAGAGGCUUUCUUUCACGUUUGUUCAAUUUCUAAUGUAACCAUUAUAUGCCGGCUGUCUUUAGGGCUUUAUGCAUUUUGUAAGAAUAACCUUAAGCUUCAUUGAUUGGUGCUUUAUGUGUGAGAUGGCAGCCACACUGCUUAAUGUGAUAAGAUAUAAAGCCACUAAAAUAAUGACACCAUUGUUAUAUAUAUAUCCAAUUAAAGACAAGAAAAUCUCUCAAAACCAAUUCAUUUAUUGAAAAUGUAUUAAAAACAUAAGAAAAAAAUCUGAAAAAUAAUAGUAAAAAAAACGUCCACAAU